GGUUUGUUAUUCAUGGUCAGAUAAAAUGUUGGUAGAUAAAAUUGUGUUCUAAUAAAACAAGAGUGAGUUAUCACAAACAUGUGACAUAGUACAUUAAGUAAGGAAGUUUAAAGUCAUAUGAUAAUUAAUGUGUUACAAUGCAGAAUCAAAAUUGAAACUGAUUAUUUCUUAGAAUGACUAUUAAGUUUUUAUGUGUUUCUAUAUAUUAUAUAAAAUUAAUACUGUAAUUUCUUGAAUAAUUAUAAACUUUGUGUUUUUAUAAAUCAAGACGUUGAAUUCACCUAUAUGUGGGGAAAAUUCGUUAAAUACGGAAAUAUAAAUCAUUAAAGACCAGUUUUACCAGAUGGAAAAUUGAAUUAAAAUUUCCCUUUAAUAGUAAAAAAUAAAUGGCUUCGCAUUUUCAGACUAACAGCGAUGAAGAUGAUUUUGUCUCAGCCCAGACGGAGAGAAAGCCGCUUCUCGGCAGCUCUGAAUUUGGAGAGGGUGAAAGAUCUCGAACUCCCAUCAUGGAAAAAUCGAUUGAAAUCGAGGAGGAUCCUCCGAAAGGGAAAAUAUCAGGACAGCGUUUAUUCACGGUGGCGAGUAUUCUUGUGACGGAGCUAUGUGAGAGGCUAACUUACUACAGUGUUGUGGCCAACAUGGUGCUGUUUUGCACGGAUGUCCUCAAAAUCAACACCAGCGAUGCUUCCGUUAUUACCAUGGUGUUUGCAGGCACAGUGUACCUGAUUCCAGUGCCGGGAGGUUUCAUUGCCGAUGCCUAUGCUGGGAAAUACAACACCAUCCUUGGGGCAGGGUUUAUAUAUGUGCUGGGUUUGUUUCUCCUGCCGGCGGCUGCAGUAGACUAUCGGGCCUGGUUUGGCGGCGAUGAGGACAUGAACCUGGAAACUCGGAAAAUCUACUUUUUCCUUGGUCUGGUGUUUAUAGCCCUAGGGACAGGUGGGAUCAAGGCCAACGUUGGACCAUUUGGGGCCCAGCAGGUAGAGGACCUGGGAUCAGAUGCAGUACAGUCCUUCUUUAACUGGUUUUACUGGUUCAUCAAUGCUGGUGCCGUGGUAGCAUAUUCCGGUGUGGCAUACGUUCAGCAGGAAGUUGGCUUCGACUACGGCUUCCUCAUCCCCCUAAUCAGCAUGAUCAUUGCUCUAGUCAUUUUUAUGGCCGCAAAGUCUAAGUAUCGGCAUCUGCAAUUGGAGGGCAGUAUUUUAGCCCAGUCCUGUGGUGUUUGUUGUCAGAGUAUAAACGGCUGUAAAGACCCGACCUUCCAACAUGCUCGCAAAAGUAAAGGUGGCAGUUAUGAAGAUAAAUAUGUUGAUGGGACGAUGGCUGUGCUGAAAGUGUUGCCUGUGUUUGGUCUUAUCAUCAUAUACUGGGCUGUAUAUUCUCAGAUGAGCACAUCCCUGUUCCUGCAGAGCGAGAGAAUGGAUAUAUCAGUAAAUGGCGCCAAACUUCCAGCAGCCAUGUUGAAUAUCUUUAACACCCUAAUCAUCCUUAUUCUUAUUCCCAUCAUGGACCGCGUUGUGUACCCAGCCUUGGCGAAGUGCGGCCGCAGUCCCACACAUUUACAAAGAAUGGGUAUUGGGAUGGUUUUAGUGGCUUGCUCCAUGGUUUAUGCUGGCAUCCUUGAGAUUGUCAGGAAGGAAGAUAUCAAGAACAAUGGAUACAUAUCCCAGAACCUCUCCGACACAACGUUCAACGCUUCACGCAUAUCCAUGUUUGCACAAGUCCCAGAGUUUGCCUUCAUUGGCGGCAGUGAGGUUUUCACCAGCAUAUCAGGACUUGAAUUUGCCUACACCCAGGCACCCCAGUUUAUGCAGGGUCUGAUUAUGGGGCUGUUUCUGAUGACAUCCGGCAUUGGCAGCUAUGUGGCCUCCCUGCUUGUGGCCAUUGUAGGAGCGUGGCACACAAGCGAUUCGUCAGACUGGUUUCCUGAUGAGCCUAAUAAUGGUCACUUAGAAUACAUGUUGUUCCUGCUGGCUGUUCUCUCCGGUCUUAAUCUGAUCGUGUUCAUCUUUGUGGCCAAGUGGUACAAGUACAGGCAGCCAGACUUCGAGAAAACUAUUGAUGUGGAACCGCCACCUUAUGCAAAUGGUGAUGCAGAAUACAGUAUUGAAAACAAGGCCGAAAACAAGGAAUGGAAUCCACAAUGGAAAGAAACAUCAAGACUGUAAAACAAAUGCUGCCAAACCAUGGGAGUGAUCGGGAUCUGAAAUUAUUAAUAAAAAAUUUGACUUUAAAAAUGUCCAUUUUCAGCCUAGAAUUUAAAUCCUGUUGGAUAUUUUUCAAUGAUGAACAAUAUGUGGAUGUGGUUUCGAAACUGUUUAUUAUCAAACAUUCCAGGAAUGCAAUUCCAGAGUCAAAGAAUUCCAGAGAAAAUUGUACAUAUUAUAUGUCAGAAAUUGUACUUUGAAAUGAUUACUUGUCUGUGUUAAAACACUAGCACCUCAAAGAUGCCAUAUAUACAUAUACAUGAAUGCAAAUGAUCUUUGAGAUUUCCCUACUUGCCUCUGUUCCAGAUUUUAUUGCACUAAAUUAAGCGUUUGUUAUAAGUGGUUAAAAUCAAGGAAAUGUCUGAGAAAUAUAUAUUUUCCACUUGCCUGUUGAAUGUAACAUACCUUGUCUUUUUUAUUUAAUGAUAAAAUUCUAUUUUAAAAAAAAAAUAAGAAUCAGAAUUUAAAAAUUAUUUUCUUUGGCCUAUUUUUAUCCUUAUCAUUAGAUUAUAAGCUUUUUUUGUAUAUAUGCAUCCAUCUAUAUUAUGUUAUUUAUAAUGAACUUCAUUUCUUUGUUGUACCGUGUAUUAUUUUUAAUCAAAAAGUGCUUGGGCUCAGCUGCCAUGUGAUAUUUUAGUGUACAUUGGAGUAGGUUACAUUAUUUCUGCUAUGUUUUAGAGUUUUAAUACUGCUCAUUUUUUUCCUAGUGUUUUAUGUGAAGCCAAGUUUUUUUAUGAAUCAGUUUAAACCGUUUUGGAAACAGUGGGCCAGGGAUAAUUAUUGACACAAUGGGCCAGAUUCCUGAAGUGGUAAACUAUCAAGCUUGGGGCAUUUUUGUUACAAUGGGCCGGAUUCCUGAAGUGGUAAACUAUCAAGCCUGGGACAUUUUUGUUACAAUGGGCCAGAUUCCUGAAGUGGUAAACUAUCAAUCCUGGGGCAUUUUUUUUACAAUGGGCCGGAUUCCUGAAGUGGUAAACUAUCAAGCCUGGGGCAUUUUUGUUACAAUGGGCCGGAUUCCUGAAGUCGUAAACUAUCGAGCCUGGGGCAUUUUUGUUACAAUGGGCUGGAUUCCUGAAGUGGUAAACUAUCAAGCCUGGGGCAUUUUUGUUACAAUGGGCCGGUUUCCUGAAGUGGUUAACUAUCGAGCAUGGGGCUUUUUUAUUUACAAUGGGCCGGAUUCCUGAAGUGGUAAACUAUCAAGCCUGGGGCAUUUUUGUUACAAUGGGCCGGAUUCCUGAAGUGGUUAACUAUCGAGCCUGGGGCUUUUUUUGUUACAAUGGGCUGGAUUCCUGAAGUGGUUAACUAUCGAGCAUGGGACUUUUUUUGUUACAAUGCGCAUGUUUCCUGAAGUGGUAAACUAUCAAGCCUGAGGCAGUAUGCAAUAUAACCCUUUUCCUUAUCCUAAGAAAUGCCUCAGUGAAUCCACUCGGCCAAUUAUUAUGUCCAAUAAAAAUACUUAGAUUCUACUUAAGAAUGGGUUACGUGUAGAUGUAAGUUGGUUAUUCAAUACAGCCCCUGGGUAUUUAGGCAAGUUCAUUGGUUAAAAUGUAGUCUUACAACUAUCAGGGUACUCACAUACAAUUUAUAUGUCUUCGAUAAGUUGUUGGAAUUGACAUUGAGUAACAUGUAAUAAAUAAUUUGUUUUAAAGGUUUUAUUCAUUGAAAGGGUUAUUAUAAGUGAGUGAUGUAAAUCCAAAUUAUAUUUAAGACUUUAAAAGUCUAUGUUCAGGUAUUGUUGUUGAUUACCAUUGUUAUAUAAUGAUUUAAAAUAGUUAAUCAUUUAGCAUACUAUUAAAUAUAUUAGGUGCUAUUAAUUUAUUCAGAAUGUGUUUUAAAUAUAUAAAUGUCACCAUUUAAUCUGUAGUUCUGUAGUGAA